AUGGCUUCAAAAUCGAACAUAAAUGAAAGCAAGACUUCAACUCCCGCUCGCAAAUCGGGACGUGGCGGAAGAAAAAACCAGGAACUGAAGGUUCCGUUCAUAUAUGAUUUUUCAGAUAUUCAAUUCGCACCGAAGAUUGAAAGCAAAUGCUAUUUGAGUCAGACGAUAAAAAAUCUGAAAGAGGUAUUAUCUUCUGAGGAGUGGAGGUACUUCAACGAGGAUUCACAGUUUCGUCACAUAUUCCAUUUGAAAUGUGACGAAAACAUGAAGAUGUUGCCUGUGUCAGUACUCCUACACCGAACGCUGAAGUUAGAGGAGGAAAAAGGGCAGUUAUGGUUUGUUUUAAAUGGCGUUCCUAUCAGGUAUUCUAUAACCGAGCACGCCAUUAUAUCAGGAUUGAAGUGCAACCAGUAUCCGGAAGAUUGGGAAGGGCGCAGGAAAAGCGAUUUUCGGAUAAAGACCUUCGGACCUGGGAAGGUCACGAGGAAAGCAGUUAUGGAAAAGUUGCAAAAGAGUAAACACAGUCGGAUUGACAGAAAGAGAUUGGUGACACUGAUGUUGCUAUCCGGAGUACUCGACCCCGAGAACAGAAACGAUGACUCUAUCAACCAUGAUCUGGUUGAUAUGGUCGAUGAACUUGAGUUAUGCGAAGAAUUUCCGUGGGGCAGGUACUCAUUCGACAAAUUGGUAGAACAGUUGCGGAAGAUUCUACAAAGUCCUACACCGAAGGGGAGAUGGCGCUUGACUGGAUUUGUUGUCCCUCUCAUG